CUGGAGCAGGAGACGUGAAUGGGCGGAACUUGAGUUUCACGGAGAUCCUGGGAAGGCGAAAUGGAGGGGUGUGUGUCUAACCUAAUGAUCUGCAACCUGGCCUACACCGGGAAGCUGGAUGAGUUGAAGGAGCACAUUUUGGCCGAUAUAUCUCUAGCUACUAGAACCGAUCAGGACAGCAGGACUGCGUUGCACUGGGCAUGCUCAGCUGGUCAUACAGAAAUUGUUGAAUUUUUGCUGGAACUUGGAGUGCCAGUGAAUGAUAAAGAUGACGCAGGCUGGUCUCCACUUCAUAUUGCUGCUUCUGCUGGCCGGGAUGAGAUUGUAAAAGCCCUUCUGGGAAAAGGUGCCCAAGUGAAUGCUGUCAACCAAAAUGGCUGCACUCCCCUCCAUUAUGCUGCUUCGAAAAAUAGGCAUGAGAUUGCUGUCAUGUUACUAGAAGGUGGGGCUAAUCCAGACGCUAAGGACCAUUAUGAGGCUACAGCAAUGCACCGGGCAGCAGCCAAGGGUAACUUGAAGACGGUUCAUGUCCUUCUGUUCUACAAAGCAUCCACAAAUAUCCAAGACACUGAGGGUAACACUCCUCUACACUUAGCCUGUGAUGAGGAGAGAGUGGAAGAAGCAAAAUUACUGGUGACCCGAGGAGCAAGUAUUUACAUUGAGAAUAAAGAAGAAAAGACACCCCUGCAAGUGGCCAAGGGUGGCCUGGGUUUAAUACUCAAGAGACUUGUAGAAAGUUAAGCAGCUUGGAUUUGUUCUUUAUGGGUUUUGUUGUCCUCACUAUCCUGGAAACUGUCGUACUGUGCACAAGGCAUCUGGAAUGAACGAAAGCAUUUGUUCACCUUCAGAAUCUUACAACAUGUUGUAUCGCUCCUGCUCAAGUCCCUGUUCUAAGCUUACAACCCACUUUUCAGGCAACAAAACUCUUGCGAUUGUUCUACUGAUGUCAUUUAUUGUUCACCAUUAAAUCUUGCUUAAUUUAGAGUAAGUGGUCCUGUGGCUGUCAUGAGUCUUGAGCAUCCUCCCAUCUACCCGCUCUGCUGUUGUGGACAGGACAAGUCCAGAAACAGGCAGCCAGUUGUACUGUCAGGUGGUUUGAGGUGGGUUCUGCGCAGGUGGCACAAAUCCUGACUUGUCUUUCGAGUUCAUACAGAGAACUAUGCCAAAUUUCUCUUUCAACUGGGAGGUUAAUUUAUUUUUGUCACAGGGGAAAGCUCUAUAUUUUAGUGGACCAAAUUUUAAGUUGAAUUGUAUGUUCCUAAAAUGAUGAAGAGCAAGAACAACAGCCUAUGUGUCAUGUACCUUUUCGACUAGCCAUUUUCCUCCAAAAUAAGACAUCCUGUUUUUUUUUAAAGGAAAUUAAAAGUAUCUAUAUCAACUCAUCUUGUAUUGAAAAGAAUUGUCAAGCUUAUUAAAGUGAUAUAUAACAAA